UGCUGUUUGUUAAGAGACCAGGGAUUGUCAAGAGAUCUGCGAUGUCUAGGUCCUUCUAUGUCGACUCUUUAAUCAUUAAAGACUCCAACAGACCAUCUCCAACUCUACCUGAUCACCUCCACCAUCAUCAUCAUCAUCAUGGGCAAGACUUUCUCCUACCCAUCAGCAUGUCUUCUCCCACAGUCAUGUCGGUUUCCGCCCCGGUAUGUCCCUCCAGGAAGAGUGGCAGCUUCUGUGUCUGUCCCAUCUGUAUCACCUCUCACCUGCACUCAUCCAGAACCGGUAUCCCUUUAAUGAAGAGCCAGUUCUCAGCUGGAGAAACUCAGUACUGCCAGAGGAUGAGCCAGCAACCAACCCCAGCUAUAAUGCAUCCAGGACAUGCACCUGUCUGCAAUCCCACUUACAACGUUACGGACCCUAGGAGAUUCCACUGCUUGUCAAUGGGGAGUCCCGAUAACAACCAUAUACCGAAUGGUAAACGAAUGAGGACAGCUUUCACUAGCAGCCAACUUCUGGAGCUGGAGAGGGAGUUCUCCUCCAACAUGUACCUCUCAAGGCUGAGAAGAAUAGAAAUAGCCACCUACCUGAACCUGUCAGAGAAACAGGUGAAGAUCUGGUUUCAGAACAGAAGGGUAAAACACAAGAAAGAGAAUAAAGGAUCGCAGAGAAACACCUAUGGAGGCUGCAAGUGUACAGGGAACCAAGGACACUACCCAAGGUCUGAAGAUGAGGAAUCCUUAUCUCCAGCUUCUACAAGUGAGGACAAGGACAUCUCACCUUUAUAGGCUGGCCUCUAUGGGACUUUUAAAAUCUUAUGCACUUGUGAUGU